UUGUGACUCUGGAACCUAAGAUAGACAAAGAGCUUUCCAUCCUCCAACUGCUCCACAACCCAGAACGAGAGAGUUCUCUACUUAAUAAAUUUACCCUGUUCUUCAGUCUGUUCUUCAGCAGCAGUUACAGGAGCAUGAAAGUGACAGCCAGACUGACAUGGAGAGAAGAAAAGAUGCUGGAAAGGCUGCUUGGGAACGCAUCGUUGACUCUACUUUAUCAGUCUAAUGUUCAUAAAAAUUGCAUUCUUGAGAUGACUCAGAAAUGCUGUCUUCAGGGGUCCACAGUGACAGUAUUUCACCUGAAGAAAGGUGUCAUCGUGGGCGUUUUUAUGCUGGAGGAUUUUCCCACUGUAGACUCUGAGAAGCCAUGUACUUGUGCUUGGUUUUCGUUAAAAAAGAAUAAUAGCUCUGGAAUACCAGCUUUAUUUCUGAGCACACGAGUAACAGUUAGGUCUACAGAUCUGAUAAUUUUCCCACGCAGUGUUUUGUCACUCGGUGCAAGACCGUUCAGAGGUUUCACACUUUCUCUACAUGACACAGUGAGAAAAGAACUAGAGCUUAGUCUUGAGUCUGGUCUUCUCUCUGUGGAAUGUGAAAUUUUUCGAGUUGAUGGCAUUAAGAAAGAUCCAGGCUUCAUAAAGAAGAUGGUGACAGCCGAUCAGCACCGAGGAAAAUUACUCUCUGCUCUCAGAGCCUACAAGCCUUAUAAGGACUUGGUUUCAGAAGUUCGUAUUCUCUUGGUGGGCCCAGUAGGUUCAGGAAAGUCCAGCUUUUUCAACUCUGUGAAGUCUGCUUUCCAGGGCCACCUAGCUCGCCAGGCCAUCAUGGGGUUUGCCGAAAGUGGCAUCACCAAGCAGUACAGAGUUUAUUCCAUUAAAGAUGCAAAAAGUGGGGAAACACUCCCAUUCAUGCUGUGCGAUUCAAUGGGAUUGAAGGAGGGGGAAGAAGCAGGGCUGUGCAUAGACGAUGUUCCUCACAUCUUAAAAGGCUAUGUACCAGACAGGUAUCAGUUCAACCCGUGUGAGCCGAUUAAGCAGAAGCACUACACGGCCUCCCUGCCUCUGAAGGACAGGAUUCACUGCGUGGCUUUUGUCCUAAACAUCAACUCUGUUAAUACACUAUCUGAUAAAAUGGUGGCAAAGCUGAAAAAAAUUCGCAAAGAUGUAGUAGACUGUGGUGUCGGACAUGUAGCCUUGCUUACAAAUGUGAAGGACUAUGAUGAAGUUCUUGAUGACAAUUUUGUAAACAUGACAGAAACUGUGACUUCUCUAAGCCAGGUGCAGAAUGUCCAAAACAUGUUAAAUAUUCCUAUAGCCAAUAUCUUGAUGGUCAGCAAUCAUGCUUCGGAGCGGAGGUUGGAGCCUGUGAAGGAUGUUCUGAUCUUGGCUGCACUCAGGCAGAUGUUGAGGGCUGCGGAUGAUGCCUUUGAGGACUUGUCUCUUGAGGACACUAGUACCCUGGCUCCUGUUUAAAGCCCUGUCAUUUGGGAAACCCUCAGUUGUAGUUCAGUGGGGGUGUUUGGGGCCCAUUUUCCUAGCCCUGACAUGUAUUGUAAUAUGUGCUAAUUUCUGCUUUUACUUUUGGAGCAAUCUGAGGAUUGGCACAUGCUCCCAUGACAUUAGCGUCCCUGGUUUUAGUUUAAGCCUGAUUGCCCCAAGAAGAGACACUCUGCUGAAAGCCUUUGUUAAUGCUUGCUGUCCUUCAACAAUGAGUCACAUAUCAAAAAUGAAGGCAAACCCUGAGAAGUGAAGAGAAGAGAGAUGUCCUGGGACAAGUGGGCUUCCACGUGCCCACGCCAUAGACAGUUUUCUAUGUGGAGGACAGAGGUGUCAGAUCCAUCUGGGACUGAAACAGCGGCUCGUGACCAUCUGAUGUGUGCACACAUCUACAUGUGCCUUCCUCAAGCUCCUUAAGCAAAACACACUUGGCUUUGCUUUUGCUUCCCCAAAACAUUAUGCAACUCUGUGAGCCCUAAUUGAUUGCACAGCAGUUAGAAAAUGAUGUAGAUGUCUGCUAUCCCAAGUGGAGAAUGAAACAGGACUGGAUUUGCCCUGUAGUCCCAGAGCUCAUGACAAGGUCUAGUAAGCAUUAAGCAUCCUCAUGAUAACUCUGUACCACUUUCUCUAGUGAUGAUAUUUACUUAGAUAUAUAAAGGAAUAGGAAGACACAGAGAGUGAGGUGCAGGGAUGAGGACAAGGAAAUAAAGCAUGGAGAGAGUUUCACUUGUUUCUGGUUGAAAGCAAGAAUGUCUCUAACAAAUUUAAAUGAAUUGAAAAGAGCCAAUAUGUGUUAACAACUUGAUUAAUUAUAAUAAUGUUUUAAUUUCAUGAAAUAAAGUUUCUGCCUGAAUA